GAGAUGAUGAUGAGACUAGAAGCGAAGCCGGGGAAGAGCCAAUUCUCUGUAUCAACAACUGUGGUUUCUUUGGAAGUGUGGCAACCGGAAAUAUGUGCUCCAAGUGCUACAAUGAGUUCUCGACGAACAACAAUGUUUUGGCACCAUCGGUUUGUGCUUCGAGCUCAAGCGAGCCUGUAGAAGCGAAGGCAAAGGAGGGGCCAAACAGGUGCAGCACUUGCAAGAAACGGGUUGGUUUGACUGGUUUCACUUGUCGGUGUGGGAACCUCUUCUGCUCUGUGCAUCGUUAUUCGGAUAAGCAUGACUGCUCAUUUGAUUACCGGAGUGCGGCACAGAAUGCAAUCGCCAAAGCGAACCCUGUUGUUAAGCCUAAAAAGCUUGAUAAGAUAUAGAGAAUUGGAGUAAGCAAAUGCUGCGGCCAUUGGUCUAUUGUUGGUAUAUGUUGUUACUAUUAGUCACCGUAUAUGAAACCUCUGAUAAGA